CUUCUUCUCCCAAACCUAAACCCUGGCGUGGUAACUCAGCCCUACCGAAAAGGCCACCCCUCCCACAGUGGGACCUGGUCUAUCCAGAUCUAGCGGUCAAGAAGACGGUGCUAGAUGCGGAGAUCCCGGAAAUACUGGAGGCAGACUGAAGCAGCAGUCUGCAUUCAUGGACAUUGUCGAAUGCCUGGGUUUUGCAUUCUGAUUUCAUUGGAAGCCUUCCCUUACGUAUGCUGGUUGGUUGGAUUCUUUGUUGUAACAGAUCGUAACUUAUAAUGCAGUCGGGUCCGUGUGAGGACGCCACACGAGACCCGUUUAUUUAUUUCGUACCAGCAUUUAGCAUUUUACAGCUUAUUAUUUUGCCCUCGAGCAAGCCCCUUCACUUUUUUCUUUGCUUCGACUUCAAUUAUCAGGCCCGAUGUGGCGACCGCAUCCCCCAUUUCUGUCAAUUUGUCGCCAAUUUAAGUAUUCUGCACUUCCUGCUUAUCAUCAUCAAUCCUCGUUCGUCUUCUAUGAUUGUUUUAGCUCUCGCGAUCUGGUCUCCCAGCAAUUCAUUCAACGAGCGGCGCUUUCACUUAAUGGUUAAUUCCCGAACUGAGGCUUCAUCGGAGGACUCUGAGCCUGUGCUAUUGUCCCUCUUGUCAUGGACCGACUUAUGCUCCGUGCUCUGCUCCGCAACGUCUCUAGCUUCUUCACAUGGAAGUCUUGGGUACCAAUCAGAUAUCGCUGAAGACUUUCCGAGCUCGGACCUUUAUUAUCGAAGCCCUUCUCGUUAUCUUCCUUUCGCUGUUAUGGGCCCCGACCCUAUGCCUCGAGGCUUAUCUCCUGAGAGAAUCUCGCAUUCCUGGACACCGAUUCCGACUAAACGGCGUCUGGCGUUACCCUCCUUUAUCAGCAAUUGUGGUCCUGAAGUAGGGUAUCACUAAAGCGGCAGCUUUGCGUCGUAGUAUCAUCCUGAGCAAAUCUCAGCCUGCCUUGAUCGAAAGUGGAAGAAUACUGUUCAACGUAAGGAUCCUUCUAUGAUGUUGCGUUAUUCAGGUCGGCGGUAUGCGCUUGUCGGACUCUUCUCAAACUGCUUUACAACAUAUGCUUACCGCACUGCGAAGCAGGAUUCCAUUAUUUGGAACACCAGGGGCCGUGGAACUUUCAGGGAAUGGCCGGUGAUCUUGCAAAGUAUACAUUAUUCCCUUUUAUUCCUACAACAACCAAGAAAAAAGCCAACGUCGA